AUGAGGGCCUCAAGAUCUUUCAAGAAGCUCAUGAACUUUCUUGUUAUGGUGCAAUAUGUACCACGAGUUCUUCGCAUCUACCUGUCAUGCAAGAAAUCUAAAAAACCUUUCAAAGGACAGAUUGCAUUAUGGGUUAAAGGUGUACUCAAUUUUUUUUUGUACAUUCUUGCUAGUCAUUUCUCUUGCUUCAAAUCUCCAGCCAAGUACCAAUACAUGGGAAAUCCUGUUUGUGACUUUUAUAUCUGUAAUCGGCUUGCUACUAUUCGUAUAUCUCAUUGGGAAUUUGCAGAUACAGAAAGAUUGGAGUCGCACAGACGCAAGAUGAAAAUUGAACAGAAGUUGACAGAAAAAGUAGGCCCAGAUGUAGAAAAAUGGUUAUUUGAAAAUGGCAUCCCCCUGAGUACAAAGCCGAAGGUCAUGUCAAAGGUACGACAAGAACUUGAAGAAAACUCCGAUAUUGAUGUAAAAAAGGAAAUCCUCUCUAUUCUUCCCCAGAAACUUCAAAACUACAUAGAAAGUUGCACGCCCUUGAGUAGGCUGAGGAAGGUACGUAGGCCUCAUGCAAGUCUGGCCACAUCAACACUCAACGGAUUCUCAAAUAAUAAUUCUAAUGGCGGAGUCACAUUGCAACAAAAUGACAAUUCCGAGGUACCACUACUUCAAAACAUGGACGAACAAGUUUUGAGAGAAAUCUCUAAGCAUCUUAAGCCCAAGAGGUAUAAAAAUGAAAUCAUUAUUAGAGAGGGUCAACCACUUGAAAUGAUGCUUUUCAUCGUCGAUGGACGUGUAAUUAUUGAAAAGACAGAUUGUUCUCGUAAGUUGGAGCGAUGCGCAGGAGAUUUUUAUGGAGAGAAACUUCUAGUUUGGCCAUCAUGGAUGUCCGGGGCAAGACCCAUAGCAACCGAGUCUGUUUCAGCUAGUUAUAAGGUUGAGGCCCUUGUUCUCUUGGCCAGCGACAUGGCUAGUAUAGGCACUAAAUUCAGGUCACAUUUCAACAAGUUGGAAAUGAGUCAUCUAACGGAUUCUGAGUGGGAGCUUUUGACUUGUGACAAGGUGGCUAUGCUACAACAAGUGCCAAAGCUUCGAGCUAUGGAUAAACAAGUAUUGAAAGCAAUGGCUGAGCAUCUUCUAUCGGUUUGCCAUGGACGCGAUUUCAAUAUCAUUCAAGAGAACCGACCGCUUAGUAUGAUGUUCUUCGUCACGAGGGGAGAGGUGAUGAUAAAAAAUAAUGAGAAGGGUCGUGCACCUUUUUUUGGAGAAGAACUUGUUGAGUGGGUACUGGAUGAGUCUUUUCCUGAGAUGCUACCCUUGUCCUCCUGUACAGCUACAGUAGUCUCAAACGAUGCUGAAAUCCUCUAUCUAAAGGCAGAAGCCUUGAAGAAUUUUGCCUCUAACUUUAAGUCGCAUUUCAGCAAGAUCGCCUCGCCCUCAGAUCUUUUUACUUUUGUUCGGUUGACUAGGUUAAAGAAAGUGAAAAUAUUUCAAGAAAUGGACAAACAAGUGUUGGAAGCAAUCUCCAAGCUUCUUAAGCCCAAGGCCUACUGUACUGCCAACGCCUAUAUUAUUCGAGAGAACGAACCACUUGAAAUGAUGUUCUUUGUGGUGCAGGGAGUUGUAUCCAUCAAAAGCGAUACCACCAUCGAAGGGUCAGAAACCCGUGAAAUGGGAGGUUUCUAUGGGGAAGAACUUGUACAUUGGGUUACAACUUGGGCAUCACACAGCUCCUUUCCUGCCGAACUACCUUUGGCAACUGGUUCUGCGCUACGCGGCCCCCGUCCUGUUAAAAUCCUUGCUCUCACAGCCGACGACUUGAAGAGUGUAGUCUCUGAUUUCAAGUCCAAGUUGUUCACAAGGGAGACUCAGAUCACCCUCCCUCCAUACUUGCCGUCGGAGCCUUUGACUGGGGAUCUGUUGACUAUGCUAAAGAAAGUGGAAAGGCUUAAGCAUAUGGAUGAGCAAGUGUUGAAAGAAAUAAGUGAGCAUCUUAGGGUAGAAAAGUAUCAAGAUCAGUACAUUAUUAGAUUGAAUGAGUCAGUGGAAAAGAUGUUCUUCAUCGUGAGGGGAGUUGUGGCAGUGACAAACGAGUACUGGACAGAACACCGCAAUGAAGCAGAACGUUCAAAUCACAGUGGAGAUGACCUUAUAGAUUAUUGGGUGCGAUCUAAAGAUACCACCUUUCCUAAGGAGUUGCCCAUCUCUGCUUUAAGUUUUCGGGCAAUCGGUGAAGUUAAAGUUCUGGUUCUUAUGGCCAACGACUUGGCUAGGGUUCAGCCUUGUCGAAUUCGUAGCAAAACCUUUCUUCCAAGAAACCGAAGUCUGCAAGUCUGA